AUGAAAAUUUCAACUCUUUCCAUCAUAUUAUCAAGUUUGAUGGCUCUAACUUCAGCAACAAAUUGUGAUCCAUUAACUUCAUCCACAUCAUGUCCUGCUGAUCCAGCUUUAGGCUCAUCCUUCAGAGAAGAUUUCCAACUGAGUCUAGGUCAAUACUUUGAAAGUACAAAUAAACCAGGUGCCAUUACUUUCGCUAGUGAUAGCGGUUUAUCCAUGACUAUCAAUAAACGUUUCGAUAAUCCUUCUAUUCAAUCCAAUUUCUAUAUCAUGUUCGGUAAAGUCGAAGUAGUCAUGAGAGCAGGUGAAGGUACAGGUAUCAUUUCAUCAUUUUUCUUACAAUCAGAUGAUUUAGAUGAAAUUGAUAUUGAAUUAUUCGGUGGUGAUGGUUAUCAAUUCCAAUCCAAUUAUUUCAUCAAGGGAGAUACCACCACUUAUGAUCGUGGUGAAUAUCAUUCAACAUCAAAUAAUCCCUUGGAAAAUUUCGAAACUUAUACUCUUGAUUGGACGGAAGAAAGUUUAACUUGGUCUUUAAAUGGUAAUGUGGUUAGAACUUUAACUCCUGAUAAUCCUCAAGGUUAUCCUCAAAGUCCAAUGCAAAUUUUUGCUGGUAUUUGGGCAGGAGGGGAUCCUUCCAAUGAUGAAGGUACCAUUGAAUGGGCAGGUGGUUUAACCAAUUAUGCUGAUGUUCCUUUCACAAUGGAUAUUCAAUCCAUCAUCGUGGCUGAUUAUUCAUCAGGUAAUCUGUAUUCUUAUAGUGGUACAUCUGGAACUUGGCAAUCUAUUAAUGCUUCCGGUGGUCAAGUUAAUGGAAGAUAUCAACAAGCUCAAUCUGAUUUUGAAACUUUACAAGAUGGUGGUUCAGUUAGUAGUAAACAAUUAUCAUCAUUAGUUAUUGCUGCCAGUGGAACUACUUCAUCUAGUAGUUCGAGUAGUUCAACCAGUAGUUCAACUAGUAGUUCAACUAGUAGUUCUACCUCUACUACUUCAAGUACCACUACUACAUCCUCAUCAUCAUCAUCAACUACAUCUACUUCAACCACCACUUCAUCUAGUUCAACUUCAACUUCACCAACUUCAACAUCAACUUCACAAACUGCUUCAACUUCAGUAGCAGCAGAUUCAUCCAUCGAAUCAUCAUCAUCUCCAUCUUCAACUCAUUCAUCCAUAACUGUAUCAUCAGCCCAUUCAUCAUCCCCAGCAUCAAGUGCAGCUUCAUCAUCUUCAGCAGCCGUCUCAUCAACUACAUCAGGAAACGACUCCACCAUGACUUCCAUCUCAUACAUCUUAACUUUAAUCGCAUUAUUAUCAUCAUUCUUAGUUUGA